GUGUGUCUGUAUGUGUGAGUGUGUGCGAGGGAGAGAAAGAGCGAGAACGAGGGCAAAGCCUCAGUUUCUGCCCUGCUGCUGCAAUUUUUUUUUUUUUUUGACGAGGACCAACCAACCUUUUUCAUUUUUUUUUUAAAAAAUUAUACAAUACAAAUACCUAACCGCCUCCCAACCCCCCAAUUUCAUCUUUCCGGGAAUUUUAUUUUUAUUUUUAUUUUCAAAAAGAGGGGGCAGGAAAAAAAAUAUGUCGGUCUGUUUUGUAGAAACUGAUCAAGACUCGGUGGCGUUGAAAGCUUUCCAGAAGAUGUCCAGUGAUAGACAGAGGUCAGAUGAUGAAAGCCCAAGUACCAGCAGUGGUAGUUCAGACGCAGAUCAGAGGGACCCACCAGCACCUGAGCCUGAGGAACAGGAAGAAAGAAAACCUUCUGCAACACAGCAGAAGAAAAAUACCAAACUCUCCAGCAAAACUACUGCUAAGCUAUCUACUAGUGCUAAAAGAAUUCAGAAGGAGCUAGCUGAAAUAACCCUGGAUCCACCUCCGAACUGCAGUGCUGGGCCUAAAGGCGAUAACAUCUACGAAUGGAGAUCUACUAUCCUAGGUCCCCCAGGUUCUGUGUACGAAGGUGGUGUAUUUUUUCUGGAUAUCACAUUUUCAUCUGAUUAUCCGUUUAAACCACCAAAGGUUACUUUCCGUACUAGAAUCUAUCACUGCAACAUCAACAGUCAGGGAGUCAUCUGUCUGGAUAUCCUGAAAGACAAUUGGAGUCCUGCUUUGACUAUUUCAAAGGUUUUGCUGUCUAUUUGCUCCCUCUUGACAGACUGCAAUCCUGCUGAUCCUCUGGUGGGAAGCAUAGCCACUCAGUACCUGACCAACAGAGCAGAACAUGACAGGAUAGCCAGACAGUGGACCAAGAGAUAUGCAACAUAAGUGAUGUUGACUACUUGGCGCAGUGUGAAGGUGCGGGGAUGCAGCUUUGCAGUGUGCAACCAAACUUUAUAGCCUUUACAAUACGGACUUCUGUGUAUAUGUUAUACUGAUUCUACUCUCUGCUUUUAUCCUUUUGAAGAUUGGAAUACUGCUUUCUUUCCCUCCUCCCCUUCCCCAAAAGGUAAAUGCUGUCAAGAGUAGAACUUUGUAGCUGUAGAUUAGUUAUGUUUAAAAUGCCUACUUGCAAGUCUUGCUUCUUUGGGAUAUCAAAAUGUAUUUUGUGAUGUAACUAAGGAUACUGUUCCUGAAGUCAACCAAAUAUAAUAGUGCAUUUUAGCCUAAUUCAUUAUCUGUAUGAAGUUAUUAAAGGUAGCUGUAGAUUACUAGGAAUUACGUCAUUUGUAUUAAGCCCAGAUCUAUUUCCGAUAUGUGGUACAUGCUGUUGUGAAAAAUGUUUAAGACUUUUACCUUUGUCAGUUUGUAACAAAAAAGGAUUUCUUUUAUCCUUGUCCCCUCUCAUCACCACCCACUUGUAGCUCAGAGAGCAUCCAGUGUAUCAUCUCAAACACAAUAAACAUGUUCCCCAAGGAAGAACUUCUCUGUUUUCAUAUUUGAAACUAAAAUGUGGGCAGAGCCAGUAGGACUGUUUAUAUACAGAUCCUUGUGGAAACCUAACGUAAGGCAAGAAGGCCCCACUCAGAAGGCCUGGAACAUCAUGAGACUUGUAGCUUGCCUCCAACAACGUUUCUUAAGGCAGAACUUCAUAACGCUAAACCUGGCGUUUAUAGCCAUGGACAUGUACAAACAGAUAAGCUAGAACACCAGUAAGGCUUUAAAAAGAUGAUACCUUCCAUCACUAUUUCUCCUCUCCUCCCAGUUGCUGCCUUGAAAUACUAACCAGUGUGGUGGUGGUAGGUAGUAGGAUCAUCCUCACUCCUGUAAAAUUCAUGUUAUAGCAUCCAUCACAUGAACAUCUGUUCUCCAGCAGAAAGGGCAGAGGAAUGUUUCCACUAAAUCUGUAGAAUGUUAAAGUUCAAGGAUGUAAUGAUGGCAAAGCAAAAUUAGGACCAAUCAAGAAACUCCAUUGACCUUGCCCUUCCUCGCUUCAUUCCUGGUAGCCAUGAGGUCCAACCACAAUGUUCACGGUUGCUAUUAUAGUUUGGGGAGAGGAAUAGGACCUUUAGGACCACAGUCAUGGGCAAGAUUAAGUCACUAGUCUUGCAGUCUCUUCUGCAAUCUCCUGAACCAAUAUUUAUCAGCUGAAAAACAUAAAACACAACUUAGGCAGCAAAUUUAAUCUCAUGUUUAGAUCGACUCCCAUUUUUCCUUGACAGAGGAAUGGUAUUGUUGAGCUGCACUUGAUGCCUAAUUGUUCUCCGUUGCAGCACAAAAAGCUUUGACAGAGUGGGCAAAUAGUGCGGACUACAAUUUGCCAAGUGUAACAGCCUGUUGACUUGUAAACAACCUGACAACCUCCAGUUGCUUGAAACAAACUUUUCUACACUUCUGCAUCUGAUCAGAACCUGAAGUCCUGAAGAUGUUAAGAACUGUGAUACUGUACAAUUCUCUCUGUUGGAUGCCAAGGAGCUGAUGGAAACAUGACAUAUGCUCUGGUGUCAGUUGAUUCUUAAUUAGUCAAUUGAUUCUUGACCAGUGAGUGUAUAGCUGAUAAGGCCAUUGUGAGUAUAGUUGAUGGCAAGGCAGGGUAAUUUUUUACGCAUUCUCCAGGAUGAAGGAGCAAAUUACCAAAAUUUUACUGGAUUUCACAUAAUCUCCCACCUAUUUAUAUAAUUUACCAUAAAUAGGGUCAUCUUUAUAAUUCCAAAAUUUUGAGGAUUUUGGAUUUUGCCCAUAUUUUCUAAUUUGUAGAAGAUGUCCACUGCUCCAGGGCUUUAGAGGUAGGCUUCUGAAUUAUGGUAAACCCAUCUUCCAAAGCAGUACGGUUGCAUGAUUCACAUCUCUGUGUGUGUCAUAAACAGUGUCAUGAAACUUCAAGUGAGUUUUUUUUCUCAAUGAGGUCAGAAGAAUAUAAAUCAAUAUUGACUUAGAAAUAACGAAUUUUUAAAGGAAAAUCAGUAACUUUCGGCACAAGAUAUGAUGUAGGCUUUUCUCCACAUCUUUCCACGUGAAAUGAAUGGGAUCCCCAAAUACAUAGACUGCACACUUAGGAGAGCUUGAUGGAAACGUUACAUUUACAUGAGAUUUUCAUCACAAUCUGCUCACCGCCAGGGUUGAUAGGCUGUCCUACCCAGCAAAAUAAGGUUGUGUGCAUCACAUGGAUAGCUUAGUCCACAGCACACGUAAAAUAUUAGCAUUCCUUUUCCCAUUGCAUGACCACCAUAGGCCUUUAUUUAUGUAGUCCAAACACCAAACAGUGCAAACCAGUCAUCCAGAAAGAUGAUUUGUGUUUAUGUGACAGAUACUCCUUACUAUUUAUGUUUCAGGCUUCUAGGUUCAAACUGAACAAAACUAUUGUGCAUGGUGGAGGGGUGCUGUUGAAGCACUUCUGUCAAGCAUUUUUGUACUUUUUGUAUAUUUCUGGCUGGAAUUCAACAUUUUUUUUAUCAUGCAGAGUAUUAACAAAUUGUAGAGGCUUCAAGAUCUGAGAGGUUCAUCUAUAAGACCUAUGGUCUCAGAAUAUGACACCUAGAGCAAUAUCAUUUGAGACAUACCUGCAUCCACUGCAAUACAGCUCAAAUGACAAACUAUCCUGUUUACCUCCCAGCUAAAUGUCAUUUUCACUUGGAAUUUUAAGGGUUUAUUAACAACCCAGGAACUAUUUCAGAUCCUGAAACAAACACCCAAAAUAAAAUGCCUGUUCAUUACAGCAGCCUCCUCAGUAGGCAAUUGAUAAAGGCAAUGUGUUUAACCUAUAUUUUGUUUGGUAUUAUAGGCUAGUUCUCACAGAGGCGUCAAAAGUAUUUCGGGGCUGUCCUGCCACAAAUGUUAGAGAGAGGCUACUCUAUCCCUUGCCCCAUUUCCAAAACAGCUUCUUCCACCAGAAAUUUCAACAAAAGGAAACAUUUUAACCUUGUGUUAUCAACAUUCUUGAUUCAUGGGCCUUCUUGUGUGAGGAGGUGUAAAGAAGUGUUCAGUCAAGAUUCCCAGUUGAUCUCUGCAACAUAAACUCAACUCAUCUUUAGCAUUUCUUCUGUGAGAACAAUUCCUACAGCUAGUUUGUAAGGAGAGAACAGAAGGUAUACAUGG